AUGAAUGGUGAGGACACCAAAUUUACAGCUAGUUCAGGAUGGCAAUGGCGGUUUUGUGGUAGGCAUAAAAUAAGAAGCCUUUCAGUUCAAGGUGAGAAACUGUCUGUUAAUGAUGAAGCUGCUGAAGACUUUCGUUCCACUUUCCAAUCGUUUGUUCAAAAUGAGAAUCUCUCCUUACAUCAAAUUUUCAACUGUGAUGAAACUGGACUGUGCUUUCGCUUGUUGCCAACUAGGACCCUGGCAGCAUCGUUUGAAAAGUCAGCAGAUGGGUACAAGAAGUCAAAAGAUAGGGUGACAGUUUCUGCUUGUGCUAAUGCUUCAGGAACUAUCAAACUUCCACUGCAAUUCAUUGACAAAGCACAAAGACCAAGGCAACCGAAACGCUUGGAUGACAUCUUUUCUUUUAAGGAACGGUUCCACAAGAAUUUUGUUCCCUAUGUCAAGGAGAAACUUUCAUCAGAUGGUCUGAAUCCUAUAGCAGUCCUUCUUAUCGACAAUUGUUCAGCCCACUCUGACCCUGAGGAGUUGGCUAGUGCUGAUGGAAACAUUGUUGACAAGUUCCUCCCUCCUAAUGUGCCAGCUCUUAUCCAACCAAUAGAUCAAGCACCUUACGAAGAUCAUGGGAAAAAAAUGAUACCUCUUUCCCCUAAUCCUUUUGACUCAGGAAAUGAACCAGCAGCUGAUCUGACUACAGACUGUACAGAUGAGUUUAUUGCCGACUCUGCUGCACUUAACUUCCAACUCAGUGCAGUUUCCGAAUGGCUUCAAGCUGACUUGGGUGAUCCUGGUGUCCAAAUUUUUUCUGACGAUGAAAUUUGUGAAAUGGCAAGGAGUGAUACUGCAGAUGAAAUAGAAGAAGACGAUGAAGAAGCUGGAGAAGACACAGGUAGCAGCUGCCCCAUUAGUCAUUCGGAGGCAGCUAUAAUGCUGGAACGGUGUCUAACUUGGCUGGAAUAUCAAUCUGAGGCUUCUGUAUACAAAACAUCCAUGCUUCGAGAACUAAGAUCAAUGGCCAUUCGUAAAAGGGUAGACACUCGAAAUCAAUCAAUAGUUAUGGACUACUUUUCCAGUCUAACUAACCAUUAG